AUGGCCCUGUUGACGGUGGCGGUGGUCCGGUUGGCGGUGGUGCCGGCACAGGCCCCGGGACAGCUCCCGGACGACGGCAUCGGCACGCCGGCCCCACCAGCGCACCCACAUACCAGCCCCCGUUGCCGAGAGGUGGGGAAGCCAGGCUGGCGGCUGGGGGCCGGGGCCCAGCGCAUCCUGCGGCUGGCCGAGAUGUGCCGCAGGCUGGAGACGGAGGAGGAAAAGGUGCUGCCUUUCUACCCUUCCUCGCUGGCAGAGGGGGAUCAGCGAGAAGCUCAGCAAGUCCUUGAGGAGACACCCACGGAGCCCCUGGCCCAGGCCAUGCAGGACUACGUGGGGCUGGAGCGCUUCUGGCAGCGGUUCAACAAGGUGAAGCUGGAAGAGCAGGCGCUGGAGCGGGAGCGGGCAGCCCUGAGCCAGAGGAACCAGCACCUGCGGGAGCUGCUCAGGCAGUACCUGGCAGGGAUCUCCGUCAGCCGGGAGGUGCUGAGUGAGCCCAAUGCGGUCCUCACCAUCGAGCGCAAGAACUGCAUCCCCGCGGACUUGCGCCGUGCUGAGGGGGGCCAUGCACAAGGUCAUCAGGGCACCAAACACCCUGACAGCCUCUCGGAAGGGGACGCCCACCCAGACCCCAUCCAUGGCUCCACAGGCACCAGCUGA